UCAGCACAGAUACCAACCUGGGAAUCUCUCAUCACUCUCUUCAAAAAGAUCCAUUCAGUGGAAAGGAUGAAGUGCGCUGUGGUCUUCCUGGUCUUGUCUAUGGUCGUUCUAAUGGCUGAACCUGGAGAGUGUAUUUGGGGAACACUCAUUCACGUUGGGAGCCAUUUAAUUCAUGGGCUCUUCCAUGGGGGGAAAAAAGCAAACUUGGAAGACCAGCAGCUGGAGCAGCUGGACAAACGUUCAGCCAAUUACAACCCAGGACAGCCUGUUUUUGACUAGACUCAUAUGCUCUCUCUGAAGAUAUGAUUAGAGUGAAGAGAAAAACCUUGCAUUUUGUUUGAUGAUAAAGUCGUUCUUGUUCAUUCAUUUGGUAAAUUGUAAGACGCUUAAUAAAUUGGCAUUAUGGCACACUGGAAUCCCUUUCACUUGUCUUGUCUAAUAAUCUGUUGGCGUAGGAAAAGGUUUAGCUUUUAAAACACAGUUGACUGGAAACAUCAGACCUGAAACAGUCAAAAGAAUUGUGUUGGUUUUACCAAGAGCUGUGUGACAAGGAUUUACAUAAAACAUGAGUCAGCAAAUGUGUUGUUCUAUUUUAGCAAACAGUAACCACAGUAGUUGAGACUAAUUCCGCAAAAGUAUUCAUGGUAUUGCACUGAAAAAAGUCACAUCACUCGACAAGACAUGUACAGAGUAAACUGAAGUAUGCACAAUUUUAACAGCGCAUGGAGACAAAGUUUAAAUGUCAGUGUUUGAAAUACAGAAUAAAUGCAGAAUUUUGAAAAACUGUUGGAGAAAAUAGUGUGGUGUGGCACCAUAGAAUGUUUUUUGCUGCCAUGAGAUGAAUGUAACUUUACAUAAAAUAAAAUUUGCUUGAGCUAGA